AUUGAAUUGUUUAAUGUUCAUGAUCCAUUGAAAUAAUUAAUCACUACAAAUUUUAAAUACUUUUAAUGUAAAACAAUGAAAUUAAAUAUUUUGUUUUACUUCUAAUAUAAAUGCCUAAGUUUUUUACGUGUAAUUAUUCUGCACCCCUGGAGACCUUUGGACAACUUUAACCUUUUUAACAUGUUGUCAAGAAAAAAUAAAGAUACUAGAACUAUUAAAGAAGGAGUGGUUGGAAAAUAUGUAAAAAAAGACAAGCCACCUGAAAUACCAAUUAUAAAUGUAUGGACGACAGAACCUUUCAGAAAAAAUAACCACAGCCGGACUAAUGUUUCAGAAUCUCUAAAUGUAAAUAAUACAAACCAACCAAGUGGUUCAGUUCAAAAAUUUGGUAAUGUGAAAAAUACACCAUCUCCAUCAAUGUUAAUUGGCCAUGAAGGGAAAUAUACUCCUAGUAGUUCUGUUCCUGAUUUAGCUCAAAAAUUUGCCAAUGCUAAUUUAUGGAGUAGUUCGCCAGGUAUAGCUGCUGAUCAAUCAAUAAGUGUUAGAAAUUGUAGUAAUAGAUAUAUUUCCAAUGACUGUCACAUUAAUCAUCAAAUAGGAACACAUAAUAAUGCCACUUGUUUACCUUAUCAUUCUCACUCUGAUUUAGCAGAAUCAUCUGUUAUUUUACAUGGAUAUGGUGACAAUACAAUUUACUCGCCAGCAUUAUCACAAUGUUUUCCAACUAUUCAAUUACAGCACAAGAAUGAAAUUAUUAAUACCCAUCAUUCUACCCCAGCCUUACAUAAUAUUGGACAACCUGUUCCAAUACCUUUACCUUCAGGCGGAGGAGAAGAACUUCCCUUACCACCUGGUUGGUCUGUAGACUUAACAUUAAGAGGUCGUAAGUAUUAUAUUGAUCAUAAUACCAAAACUACACAUUGGUCACAUCCUUUAGAAAAAGAAGGUCUUCCUACUGGAUGGGAACGUAUUGAAAGUGAUGAAUAUGGAGUAUAUUUUGUUAAUCAUAUUUCUCGACAAGCACAAUAUGAGCAUCCAUGUGCUCCUCACUAUAUUUAUCAACCAGAGGUAAGAAUUCCAUUGCCACUGUUACCUCCCCCACCACCAAGAUCUACACAUUUCCAUUCUCAUAAUAUGCUCGUGCCUGCUAAUCCUUACCUAAAUCAAGAAAUUCCUGUAUGGCUCAAUGUUUAUUCUCAUGCAGCACAAACAUUAGAUCAUAAACUGAGAUGGGAAAUGUUUCGGUUACCAGAACUUGAUUGUUUCAAUGCCAUGUUGACACGUUUAUAUAAACAAGAAUUAGAAGAGAUUGUUAUGCGUUAUGAAGUUUACAGAUCUGCGUUAUUGUUUGAAAUGGAUAGAAGACAUAUGCAAUCUCAAUAUAUUGAUACAAAUGAAUAUAAUCGUUAUGGACCAGGAUUACGUAUUAUUGAUGUAACUAAUGAUAAUUUACGUGAAGUUGCGUUAUCACAACAUACAGAAACUAAAGUUUAAUUAUUAAGUAUUCAAAUAUUUUGCAUUGUUUUUGUAUACCAUUACUAUGGUUGAUUACUUAAUGAUAUUAUGAAUUAUAUUAAAGUAUCAUUAAGGUUUUACUACAAUACUGUGAUAGUUUAAUUAAUAUUUAUCGUAAUUAUUACUAUUAUUACUAAAAUAGGAUAUGGUCGAAACAAAGCCACUAUUUUUUAUAUUAUAAUUGAGGUAUAGGUUUUAUAGAGUACUUAUCAAUUUGUUGAAACAAGUGAUAUAUUUUAUAUUGUACUUACUUAAUUAUUAUAAAUCUAAAGAAAUUAAUGUGAUGGCAUAAACUAAAGUACGUUGAUGCACAUAUUUUUUACACCUAAAACCAUGUCAAGUAUAUUUAAUUUUUUUUUCAUUAUUUUACCAAAAUUUAUUGAUAUAGUUGUAACUAGACCAGACUAUAUUAUCUUAUUCUAAGUUUGUAACUGUUACAGUACCUUAUAAUUAUCAAAUUUAUUUUUAUUUAUUAAUAGUUGGAAUAUAACAGGGGCAGUCAAACGGUUGAUCGCGGACAGUUUCAAAGUCGAUCAUGUUAGAAUUUUUAGGGCCAUGUUCUCAAAAAUUAAUCGAGGUUGUAAUAUUAUUAUAUUUUUUUUAGAAAUUAGUAAUUAGUUUAUAACUCUUGUCGUAUGUUUAUACACACUUAGUGUCAGUAUGUUUCUUAAUAAUUAUAGUUAUUCAAUAAUAAAAAUUUUUCUAUGGAAGUCGAUCCUCAAAGGUGAAAUAUAUUUUUAGUAGAUCGUGAUCAAAAAUAGUUUGGCCACCCUUGGAAUAUAAUAUGAAUUUAUCAAUAUUGAAAUCAAUCACUAAUCUAAAAGAUAUUUAGUAUUUUUAAAUAAUUUUAAAAUAUCUAUAACACAAAAUGUAGAUUUUCAUUUAUUUAAUAUUCAUAUUAUUGAAAUUUUAAAGAAAAGUGUCUUACUUAUAUUCCAAAAUAAAAUAAUAAUAAAUUAUUUACUCUGUCUAGCGAGAAAACAUGCCAUUCUACAUAUUUACAUGUGAUAUCACACCAUACUGAAAGAAGUCUCGGUGACAAAAUGUCAUUUGGGGAUACGUAGAAGAACUAAUUUUUGGUGGGCGUAUUCUCUCGUUGGAUAGGGUUAUGAUGUAUCAAAACUUGUAUACAAAAAUAGACAAUAUUAAAUUAGAUAAGUUAAUAGAUAAGAUUAUAACUAAGUCAAAAUACAAAUUAAUUAUACUUAAAAAAUAUAAAUAUAUUGUCAACAGGGUCUA